UCAAUCCUCAGAGUGUGCUAGAAGAGGAAUAGGAAGAGUUUAUUCCAAAUCCACAAACACAGUCUAACAGCUGAUAAGUGGCCAAUAAUGUCAGUUGCUUUAAUCUCCCUCUCAAACCCUUUCACACUGAGACAAGCAACACCAAGCAUCCUCCCAGCUGCCGGAAAGCACUUCUCCAUAUCCUGUCGGCGCGCUGAAGGGGACCGCACCAAUAAUGAUUCCACAAGGAUUAGUGAGAAUCAGCUCUCCAAGCUGGCUUUGGCUGCCAUGGCGGCUGGGGUAUUGACACUCGGAUCUGUUGAUCCCGCCGCCGCCGCUAAAACUGGUGGCAGGGUUGGUGGCCAAGCUUUUCGCCCAUCGGCGCCACGAGUAUCUGCCCCAAGACCCAACACUUCAAGGACGAAUAUAUAUGUGAACCCUCCAGUUGCGCCUCCUCUAGUGGGUGGGUAUGGCUACGGCUUUGGUGUGCCAUAUUAUGGCGGAUGGGGCUGGUCUCCCUUCUCAUUCUUCGCUCCAGCUCCAGGCAUUGCUGUUGGCGUUGGAGGGGGUUUCGACCUUUUCCUUCUCUUCAUUAUUCUCGGUGCAGCUUCCGCAUUUAUUAGGAGAUUAUUCAGAUCAAGACAAGACGACGAUGAAUACUAAAACCACCAACUGAACCUAGAUGUGGCUCGAGAGUCACAAUACAUUGUUCGAUUUUGGUGUUCCUAUGUACAUAUUUCACUCUUAAACAGACUUCUGGUCGAAACUUCUUGUUUCAUUAAAACAACAUUCUUGAAUCUUACAACA